AUGUCCAGUAUGCGCAUCGCUCUAGCGCAGAUAUGUCCAGUGGUAGCUCCUGUAGCUCUAGCAAUCGAAGGCGAUGACAUCUUUGAGGUGUUAGAGAGGAAUCUGCUUGAGACCAAGAGGUGGGUAGAAAAAGCUGCUGCUGAACACGCAGAUGUUGUGGUGUUCCCCGAAUACUUUCUGCAAGGUUUGGUGGAUAAUGGCAGGCAGCAUCUCACGGAAUACCUUUCACAUCUGGCACAAGGGUUCAACGUUUCAAUUGUCGGGACUAUCGUACACUGUGUAUGCGAAGAUUUACCUUCAACCUCGCCUUUCACCCAUCUGAUGUUGUCCAGCUCCAGCAAACCGGAUAUGGAACAAUGGCGACAAUACGUGAAAGCCAACCCGGGUCAAAACCAUUCGCCAAAACUGCACAACACAGCAUUUUACAUUGAAGCUGGGACUGGUAAAGUGCUUGAUGAGUUUGUGAAACGGAACCUAUGGCAUCCUGAGAGAACGAUUGACAAACAUCACGCCAAUCCACCCAGAUAUGAGACCGAAAUCCUUUCGAGCCUUUCCUACGCUCGUGCCUUUGAGACCGAAACGGUCUGGAUCAUGUGCAACGCAGGAGGUCUGGCUAAGGAUGGCUACAUAGGCGGGUCGAGUGUCUGGAUGCCACUGAAAGGGAAAGUUGGAGGGUGUCAGAAUGAAAACGUAGAAUUAGCAAUUGUCGAUGUAGAUCUGGAUAUUUUGAAAGAUGCACGGACAUUGUAUAAAAUCAGAGCUGACAGAGAUUCCACCACGUAA